CUCAAGACUGUAAGGAUACAUUAAGGCCCACAACUGAAAGAAUCAGUGACAAAUAUUCUAUCGUCAUAGAAACUUCAUAGAUGAAAAACACCAUUUAUUCCACCUGACUAUGAAACGUUAAGUUAUUGGGUAUUGAACGAUUCGUAAAAAAGGUUUGAAACCUGUAUCAAUUUUCACUCACAAUUUUCGUAUUUUGUCAGUCCCGCAAGUUAUUACUACUGAGUCAGCGGUUUUUUUCCAUAUCUGUUACAAAUAAAUCACAACGGUCCUUUUUUUUUGACCACAAUGACGACUUUGCAUCCGUAAUAUGCACACAUUAUAGCUUACAUUAUGGGAACAAAUCAAGUUCAACAAAUUUUUCCGGUCCAAUUAAAGAAAACAUGUAUCCCGAUAAUAUCAGGACAGUUAUUAUCUAUACUAAUUGGUCUAACUGCAAUAUGUAACGGUGUACUUUCUAAAUAUAAUAUAAAUUUACCAUUAGCUAUAAAUUUUCCACAUUAUUUUCUAUUAUUUCUUUUCUAUGGAGUUCCUUAUCUUUGUUUUAAUUUAUUUAAGAAAUUAUUUCCUUCUAAUAAUAAUAGUAGCAGUAAUAAAAAUGCGCCGAUUAGUAAUACUGUAAAUUACAAUAUCAAUAAUAGAACUAUUACAAAUCAUAAUAGUAAUUCUAUUAUUGGCAAUGAAAAAAUUAUUAUUCUACCUAAUUCUGAGAAAACUUUUAUGCAAUCAUUAUUAGUUCGUUUUAGCUUUUAUUCAUUAAUUGCUAUUAUUGAUGUUCAUGCUAAUUGGUCCAUUGUAACUGCAUAUGCGUAUACAAGUGUAACCAGUAUUCAAUCAUUAGAUUGUAUCACUAUACCAACAGUUGUAUUAGCAAGUUAUUUUUUCUUAUCCUAUCGUUAUACAUGGAAUCAUUAUAUUGGAAUAAUUUCAUGUUUAAUUGGUGCUACUGGUAUGAUACUCACAGAUUAUUUUAUACAAUCAUCAAAUCAAAAUAUUGUUCAUUAUGGCAAUACAAGUGAAAUCCAUUUGAAUCAAUUAUAUAAUAGCACUGUAAACAGUCAAUUAUUUACAGCAAAACAAAUAAUAUUUGGUGAUUUCUUAGUUAUUAUUGGAGCUAUUUCAUAUGGAUUAUCAAAUGUUCUACAACAAUAUCUUGUUCUAAAAUAUGGUAUUGUAGAAUUUCUUAGUUGUGUUGGUUUAACAGCAUCGAUCAUAACAUUAAUUUAUACUAUUUCAAUUGAAAAACAUUCAAUCAGCAUGAUGCUGCUUAAUGUUACAUCUAUAGAUCUAAUAAAAGUUAUUAGUUGCUUCAAUGGUUAUGCUUUGGCAAUGUUUCUAUUAUAUUCUUUAAUGCCACUAAUUUUAAUGCGUUCAUCUGCUAUCCUAGUAAAUUUAUCAUUACUUACAUCCGACGUUUAUGCUGUAUUGAUGGAUAUUUUUAUAUUUCAUCAUAGUUUUCAUUAUUUAUACAUUUUAUGUUUUCUAAUAAUUUUACUCGGCGUUGGUGUAUUCAAUGUAAAUGAACCAGUUAUUACUGAUAAAAAAGAUCGCCAAUCGAAUUGUUUCCACUUGAUUUCACAGAAAACUAAAUUAUAAUCAACGAGUUAAUGAAAAUUUAAAUUUUUUAAAAUUUUAUUGGUUGGUUUAGGAAAAAAGUGAUUCUUCUCACCUAAUUUAUAUUUACUUGUUUUUCUAUAUAUAUACAUGAAUGGAUGAAUGAAUUGCUUUGUGUUAGUUAACAUAUCGAUGUGAAUUUCUGUGAUUGUGUAGAAUUAUUUAGUUUUUAUUAGACAUGAAUUAAUUAAAGUUCAUUCAUUAUCUGAUUAAAGUUGUUUUCAUCACGUAAAACUCUUAAAUUUCUUACUGCAAGUAUAUGUGCUGUUUCACAAUGUAUUCAUGCACAGAUUUUGUAAAACCAUUUAUUUUUUGUGUUUAAUUAAUAUGUAAGGGUUUAAGCUAUUCUGUCGUUUAUAUUCUUGAUUAGAUUUUGAUCACUCUUAGUUGGCAUACAUGCAUCCUGUGUGAAUUGUCUCGAUAUAGCUAUUUCAUUAAAAUUUUUACAGAAGGAAUGGACAAAGCUUUCAGUGUUUGGAGCGAAAUGUACCGCGUUCGAUUUUUGAUGUAAAAACCAACACGGAAAUUCACUUAGAUUCAGCCGACUUGUCCGAAAUAAAACGAAAACCGCUUCAUGAAUUCCACUGCUAGCUAUGAUAUAUC